UAUUCAUUCGCCAUCCUAUAUAAGAGCCCAUGAUUGUAGCCCAAUUGCCAUUCACCCGAAGUCUAAGGCGAUAUUGAAUUGGUAGUAAAAACGUCAAGAUGCGAAGACUCCCGUUAACGCUAUUUGGCAUUUUGGUACUCUUGGCAAUCAGCCAAGUGUCGACGGCAGCGAGGUGCAACGGCCAUGAAGGACUUUGCAAUCUCAGGUUUGACAAAGUAACAUUUCCUGGAACUCACAACUCAGGGGCGAAUAGGGUCAUGAAGUAUGGUGGUUGGCCGUAUUUUCCCGCUUUGUCCUGUAUGUAUAGGAACCAAGAUUACACUUUCACACGCCAAUUGGAUUUUGGAAUACGCUUUUUUGACAUUGACACUCGUGCCAAGGGAAAUACCGCUUACACGAGUCACAGAGAUGCUUACGGACGAAAAUUAUGGGAGGUUAUGCGAGACAUUGACAACUGGUUGAAUAGUCCAUCACACAGGAACGAGGUCAUUGCCAUGCGAUUCGCUGACACCACAAUGCCCCCCGGCUUUGACAGGUUCAAACCCAUCUUCAGAGACUACUUUACUGGAGCACACGGGAAGGUCGGCACCAAUGCGAUGACGAGGUGGCCGACUCUCGGAGAAGCAGUGGCACAAAAUAAGCGUGUGUUCAUUUUUAUGGCAAACAAGCUUUGUGACAGCAACUGUAGGAGGUCUUACCCCUACAUCCGCUCGGAUAGUUUAUACGACGACACAUUUUCAAAUAUCAAGUUGACGUCAUCAUGCAGUGGCAUGCCAGCACUCACAAGAGGGAAGUGUGCGAGCUCAACAAGAGAUCUGAUCAUUGUGUCGGCAUUUGCGUCCUUAGGCCUGUGUGUUUGGGACCUGCAGAAAGUGUGUAACCCGUACAUUAGGGCCAGUGCCAUGGACUGUUACAACGAACGGAAGAAGCGAGGCAAAACGGUGAACUUUCUGAUUGCAGAUUACGUCAACCAAGCCCCCACCAGUCAAAAUGUCGUCACAGUCUCCAAUGCACUAAAUCAGCUCAAUAUGGGCCACUAAGUUUAGUAAACAGUCGAUUUCUCCAUUGUUUAUCAGUGUAAGAAUCUCUUGACGCAUUCAAAUAAACGUAUUGACU